AUGACGGGAGACGCGAAAGUUACCGAUUGCAGCCUUCCGGCAAUUGCUGACCGUCGCGAGAAAAAUAGAUGGAGCAACAUUCACCGGCCUGGAGUCUCCACCGCCACAGUCUCGAGCAACGCUGACCAACAGUCAGCAGCCAUUAUCGCAGGCUCAGGAGGGAGUACCCCAGAGCUGAAUAAGUUAAAUAUUGCCAAAGAUAAAUGUAUAGAGCAAAUAGAGGCGACCUUCCAGCAAAUUCAAGUAGCCAUAGAUCGCAGAAAGCAAGAGAUGGUCGAUCAAGUUAAUCAAAUGUGUAAUGAAAAGAAACGAGUUUUGGACGAGCAACAUGGGCUAAUAGAAAAUGAAAAAAAUAAGGUUGAGCAAGAAUGUCAGGGACUUCAGUAUCAGGUGGAAGUUCGAAACAUCACACAAAAAAUCGAAAUUCUCACUGAAAAGUUAGACACCGCAUUUAGUCUAGGAGAGCCUAGGGAAAAUUCUUUUCUCACAUGUGAUUUCAGUCUUAAUGAUAGUUUAGAUCAGAUACAACAGCAUUUAGGUAUUUUAGGGAAGGUCAGGACCAGUACUACUUUUCCUAGUUUAUGUACGGCGCAAAUUGACGAUAAUAUUAUUGCUGGAAUAGAGAGCUGCGUUACGCUUACGACUGUAGAUUAUCACGGAAAUGCGAGAAAAACUGGUGGUGAUCCAAUUCAAGCUGAAGUUUCUCUG